GGCCGCUCUCACGUUCCUCUCUGCUAAUAGUUUGCAAUAGCCAAUAUUUCAUACUGCUGGCGUGUCACGUCACCAAUUAGUUUGUGGUAUUCGAGAAUAAGGACGUUUGCGGUGUCUCCGCAGAAUAAUAUUCGUGACUUUUGCGAGAUUCGUGAUACCUAUCAGUCAUUUGAUAAUCAAGGAUGACUAAAGCUGAAGAAAUAAAACAAGACAUUGAAGAGUUUAACAGUUUGCUGGAGCAAGCCUCCAGGCAACGAACUAAGGAUGUACUGACACUGGAGAUCAGAAAACUAUACACAGAAUUGGCAAAGUUGCUCGAAGAAGGCAAGGAUGCAUCUAUCAAGUCAACAUCUGCAUUGUCCAAUGCUACUCAAAAGCGUUAUGAAGUAAAACUAAACAAUUAUGGAUGGGAUCAGACAAAUGCGAUGGUGAAGAUUUAUAUCACACUCAAGGAUGUUCAUUUGCUGCCCAAGGAGUCAGUCAUCUGCAAUUUUACUGAUAAAUCCCUAGACUUACGCAUACUAGACUUGGACAACCGAGAUUAUCACUUGCCAAUCAACAAUCUCUGUGCCGAGAUCAACAUAGAAAAGAGCAAUGUGAAAAUAAAAACUGACAUGAUUGUCGUGUCAUUGAUAAAGAAAGUUGCUAAAGAAUGGUCACAUGUGACAUGGGUUGAGAAAAGGAUCAAGGAAGCAAAGGUAACAUCUAUGCCAGAGGUUGGUGAUGAUAGUGAUCCUGGUGCCAAUUUGAUGAAUUUGAUGAAGAGGAUGUACCAGGAUGGCGAUGAUGACAUGAAGAAGACAAUAGCAAAGGCAUGGACCGAGAGCCAACAGAAAAAUGCUGGUUUGAUGGACUUGUAAUUUCCACAAGUAGAACUCUAAAUUUUUAUUUCUAGGUAAUAUGCAUUUUUUGUGUUCUUUUUAUAUUUGUUAAAUAUAAAAUGUGUAUUGAAGAUCAUUACCGAAACAUGUGCGGCAUACAGACGUUCUUAGAUAACGAUAGUGUUCGCAUAUAUUUAUUCUUAUGCUAUAAAGCAUCAAAUUGAACAAUUGUAUUGAAGGAGUUUUGUGUUUCCAAACUUUACAGUGGAAAUUAUAUCAUAAUCAAUAAUCUGUGAAGCUUUCAUUUAUCUUCCGAGAAUUCCUCUGUAUAUUUGUUUAUUUUAUCAUAUUGUGCUGUAAGAAAGAUCAGUAGUAAAAUACGAUGAACUUAACUAAA